AUGGGCGAUGGAGGCGAAGCCUUGGCCUGCGUGGCGGUGGCCCAGCUGCUGGAUCGCGGCCUGGUUUCGCUCGGCACAGCCAGUGGCGCAUGGGCUCUGGCCCAACAAGAUCCUGCCUUUGCCACCCGUCUAGCCGUCGUGCUUGCGAUUCAGUAUUUGCAGCCUUACGAUGUCACGUGCCGGGAUCUGCUGCUGCCCGAAGCCGUGAGCCGCGUCAUCAAGCGCCCGUCAUCGUUGGACCGAAGCAACCCAGACGAAGGUCCCUCGCCACCCGCCCAGGCCGGUGCGCUCGCAACCAACCCUGCCCUUGAAAACGACAGCGACAUGCCCGCACGUUUGCAAAUUCUGCAGUCUUUGUACGUGCUUCUCUGCCUCGCCCGGAUUCAACAUUCCGCGCCCUUGGUCAAACAUGUUUUUCUUUACUGGACCCAGCUUCGCAUGGGGGCCAUUGACAUGCUCUAUGAGCUCGAGGCCCAUGUUCUUAAACGCUUCUCUGUCGAGUACUCGGCCCAACAAGCGCUGCGCGAUCUUGGUGUUGCUACGCAGCAGCCCAUGGAUGCCAUCAAGCAUGAUCUGCUGCUUUUGCAAGUGCACUUGGCCGCUGCUAAAGGGCGCCUCGCCCCGCUGGAGCUGCGACGCACCCUUCUCCAGCUGCUGACGGUUCCCGCACGUCAUCCCGGCAGCAUUGUUCACGAAGACGUGGUGAUCAGCAUGUUGACCACGGGCCACACCCUCUUUGCCCAAGCCACUGCCUGCCACCAUCCGAGCACAAUGACGGGGGCUUUACGUACACUGCGUGAGCUGUCCCAUCAUUGCACCACCUCCUGGGCCAGCCUGUGUUUUGACCAUGCCUGGCGAACCUUUCACCGCCACGUCUACGCACCGGGACUUCCUGCGGCUCUCUCCCGUUUUCAUGCUCGCUACUUGGUCGUGCUGGACCGAGCCUACGCGCCGUCCGGGCUCUUGACCGAGGACUGGACUGCCGUGCUGACCAAGACGCUGCGACUUGGACGCCAGCCCAAAAUUAUUCGCAUGCGUGCCUGUAUCAUGACCAUCCUUCGUGCCUACUUGGGUGAUUCUUCCCAAGCCCGGCUCUUGUGCCGUGCGCUCCACCGCGCACCAGGCCCGCGCCUCGAAGCGGCCAUUAACCGCCUCACGGCUCUCUGGAAGCAAAUUGCUGCGCUUGAGGAAGAGGUGGCUUUAAAGCGCGUCCGGCAAGUCCUCACAGCCAUCCUGUCGGAUCUCCUGCCUGAACCCGAACUGCCAGAGCGUGACCUUCCCGACUUGUCGCCACUGGCCCUCCUCCCCGAGCUUACCGUGCUGACCAUCGACUCGUCGCGCGCUGAGGAUUAUAUAUUUCAGAGUCGAUCGCCAUCGGUUGAUACCUUGGCACAUGGCGAGCUUGUUGCGGGCCUUGAGCAGUUUAUGGUGCAGGGCUCACCCCCGGUGGAGCUGCCCACCACUCGUGAAUUGCAUGUGGUGGCUGUGGGCGGCGAUGCGCUGGUUCUUACCUGCCUGCAAGCGUGUACGCUCGUUGAGGACAACAUGCGCUCGCAUGCAGGCCAUGCGCCUACACGCUUCCUUCUUCAUGUUCUUCCUGCUGGCGUCGAUCUCAUCCAGGCGCAGCUACAGUCUAACGGCCCCGAGUCCACGCAAUCGCGCGUGGCUGAGCGCGCCAAGUCCAGCGCCAUGGUGAUCGAAGCCACGCCGAAACGACGCAGCCGACGCAAGAGCUGGCAAGGCGAGGACUGGCAGACAGGCAUGCAAGUGGAUCUCGCCCGCCCUGGGGCAUUCUCUCCUGCAGACACCCCCCGUCGUGAGCGCUCGCUGACCGUCUCUCGCGAUGGCCUUCCCAAUUCUCUUCGCCUGACGACUUCGGCUGGCGCAGGCCUGAGUGCCGGAGCCACCCCCAUCUCAGUCGUGGACGCACCAGCUGACGUGGCCGCCCACCCCCUUCCCGCUCCCACCCCUUUGCGUGCGGUGGCCAAAACGCCGGCAUCUCCGGGGCACAAGGUGACCGGCGUAGCCGCUUUUGCCACUUUUCCCGACGGCGCGAAAACAGACCAGGCGCCUGCUCGAAUUGCAACCGGCGACGAUGAUUCGGAUGAUGAUGCUGACAACUCAGCACUGGGCCUUGUCGCACGUCCACAGGAGAACGUGGCUCAGCAAGCCCAGGACAGUGCCUAUGCAGCAACCUCGGCGCCAUUGCGGCGUGCAAAUACUCGUGAUCGGUCAGCUCAGUUCCCGGAUAUCUCUGAAGAAACGGACGACGCUGACCUUGAUGCCGAAUUUGCGCUGCUUCGCUCCGCUCCGGUGCCAUCCCCACCACCCGCCACGCCAAAGGUGCAAACCGCGGUCAAUGGGCCACGGCCUCGCAUUCGCAAUAGCGCCCGAUUCUCCGUUACCAGCAUGAGCUCAAUCACACCGCUUUGGUGGGCGGAGACCGGUGGUUGGAAUUCUGGCGCCUAUCGACCACCCCCUUCAACGUCAACGACCCCAGAGCGUGCUCCGAGCCCCGAAGCUGAGGCCAGUGCUGCGAGUCCCACGCACCUGCCCGCCGAGACCCUCGCACCAUCACCGCGUGCUCCCGCGAUGGAGCGUGGACUUGCCGUUCAGAUGGACAAAUGCUCAAAGCUGGAUGUGCUGCGAGCGUUUGGAUGCGCCAAUCCAGCUUUUCGUCGCCAUGCCAUCCGUGCCCCAAGCUACAUCUUUGCGCUGCUCAACGUGUUGGCCCGCCACAGCAGUCCGCAUUCAUCUGCACCCUCUGAUCGUGUCAGUCGGCCAUCCUUGAGUCCUCUAGCCCAAGCUCUGCUCAAGCAGGUGGAGCAUGCCGCGCCCGGGUCAACGCUCGAUGCCGUGGCUAAUUUGGCCUCUGGCACCCUUUUGGGACCUGCAGCCCUGAGUAGCCACUUGGAUGCCAAUCGGUCCCCGCCUGCUUCAAAAACGCCAAAGGAGCGUGGCCACCAACCAUCGAGCGCGGGCCGGCGACCAGGCCUGGCCGACCCGUCAGGAAGCGCGACUGCCAGCUCUGGUGUCGAUGGAAUGCAUGAGCUCUUGCUCCAUGCCUUGGAAAUUGCAUGCUUUGCUUUUCCAUACUUGCGAAUGCGGCUGCCAGUGUUUCAACUUGAAGUAGUCUUGAGGCCUGAUGUGUCGGUGAGUGCGGCCGAGCCCAGCGGGCGCGUGGGCCGCUUGACCACCCGUCAAACAGCGCAGCACGUCAACGCAGUUGAGCCGCUAGCACUACACAACGAGCGUCGGGUGCACACUUUGUUGUUCACUUCCGGGGUGCAGAUCCAGCAAACUGAGCACCCUCUGCAGCUGUACUUUGCCCAGCGGGACGCUUUGGGCGUCGCUCGAGUACGCUACACGCAACAGCAUUGCUUUUACGAACAUUUGCAAAUCCACCGCGAGCUUGAGGCAUCACCGGCUAUUUUCCACAGCGGAGAAGCACCCGUCUCGCAGCUGUUUCUGUCAAUGCGUUUGCGUGAGCACAAGGCUCAGCGGCGCGUCCAAGUGUACAGCUGUCAUGUAGAAGCUGAUCCACGCCAUCCCUUUAACGUGCAGGUCGACCACCUGACCCUGACAAACGUCGUACAAAUGCGCAUCACGCCCGGUGUGUCCUGCAUCACCUAG